CAAAAUUUCUCUCUCUAGUUCCAUGAUGCCGUUCAUAAAUAGAGAUGGGACGGAGAAGAAUUAUUCAAACAAUCAGUAAUUUAAAUUGGCUACAAAAUAUCUCAUUCUUCGGCAGUUUGCUCUGAAAUUUGAUCUAGGGAUAUGUCGACGUCGGAAAUUAAAUCGGACGGAACUGCAUUGUAUAUUUCGACGACCGACGACAAUACCGCGUCGUCACAGCCCCUUAAUACUCCGAAACUUCCAGGUCGACUCCGGCGCCGACUUCUGGAGUGUAAAAGCUCUCCUGUUUCUGCUCAAGAUAUCGAUGCCAAGCUCCGUGAUGCUGAUCUACGCCGGCAACAAUUCUAUGCAUCAUUAUCAAGCAAAGCAAGAACAAAGACAACAUCUUGUGCAUGUUCAUCUUCGCAGGAGAAAGUCAUAGGUGGUCGACUUGAAACCAAGCUUAAUGCAGCUGAGCAGAAGAGGUUGAGCAUCCUAAAAGAUAUUCAGGAUCGCUUGGCUAGAAUGGACGAGCUGCGGCAAGCUGCUAAAAAUGGAGUAGAAAUGGGUUUCAUGAGAAAGUGCAACGAGCUUGGGGUGAAAGUGAAAUCACGUGUGCAUCAGGCAGAGGUAAACCGAAUGGCGCAUCUAAAAGUUUGUAGACAACGUGGGGCUGCAAUGAGAGAAAGGGCUGUACAGUCCGUAAUGAGAAAGCUGAAUCAGGAGAGCAAGUAUAAGGAGUGUGUUCGAGCAGCUAUUCACCAGAAGCGUGCUGCUGCUGAGAAGAAACGAUUAGGAUUAUUGGAAGCAGAGAAAUCUAGGGCACGUGCUAGGUACUUGAAGGUCCUUCGAGCAGCUAACUCUGUCUGCUGUCAACGGGAGACAGUGAGAAACAAAUUAAAGGAGCAGUUGGAAGAGCGGCUGCAGAGGGCCAAGAGACAUAGGACAGAGUACUUAAGGAUGAGGGCAAGUGUGCGCUUUCCAAGUCGGGGCUCAUCAGAAAUGAUUAAGCACGGGGAGUGUCUGUCAAGUAAGCUAGCAAGGUGCUGGAAGCGGUUUGUGAAGCUGAAAGGAACUACACAUGACUUGUCAAAAUCAUAUGCAUCUUUGGAAAUCAAUCGAAAAUCUGUCGAUUUAAUGCCAUUCGAGAGGCUUGCUAAGCUGAUUGAGUCUGGCUCUACCAUUCAAACUGCAAAAACUUUACUUGACCGACUUGAAAGUCGCAUUGCUAUUAGACAGGAAACUGUUAGUGCCAAUAAUAAUUUCCAUUUGGAGAACAUUGAACAUCUGCUCAAACGAGUUGCAUCGCUCAGCAAAAGUGUUGGCACGCCUAAUGCUUCUGGAAGCACAGGGGUUAAAAAAAUAGGAAGUGCUGUACCUAAUGGUUCUACUAGGUUUCAUAGGUAUCCAGUGCGAAUUGUUCUUUGUGCUUACUUGAUUUUAGGACAUCCAGACACUAUUUUCAGUGGGAAGGGGGAGAAUGACACUGCCCUUGCUGAGGCUACAGAAACCUUUAUUAAAGAGUUUGAAUUAUUGGUUAAAAUUAUUUUGGAAGGGCCUAUUCAGUCUACAUUAAAGGAAUCUGGCUUGACAACUGCUGGUCAGCUGAAAUUUAGUUCCCAGCUGGAAACAUUUGAUAAAGCAUGGUGUUCUUACCUGUAUUGCUUUGUCAUGUGGAAGGUUAAGGACAUAAAAUCUUUAGAGGAGGAUUUAGUGCGAGCUGCCUGUGAUCUUGAGGCCUUGAGGAUACAGACUUGCGAGCAGAUUCCAGGUAGAGAUAGUGGUGAUCACAAACUCAUGAAAGUAUUUGUUGAUCAGGUGAGCGAGAACCUGAAGCUUCUGCAGUUGAAAGUACAGCAAUUGAGUGGUAAUGUUGGGCUUGAACGUAUGGAAAGUGCUCUUUCUGAUACACGGACGAGGUUUAUUGAUGUCAUGGUGCUGGGGAGUUCACUGGCAUCCUCAUCCGAUCAUGUUUUUUUUAGCGCUGCUGGCUCAUCACACGACUCUUCAAGUUGUGAUUCUAGAGAUGAUAAUGUGGUGGAAGGUCAUAAGAGGGUGGGAUACAUUGUUCCCUCUUUGUCCAAGGGGGAUGAUUCCUCCUUAUAUGGCGAAGUUGGUUCUGCUACUCAUGGUGUUUUAGAUGAUCAUCAGAACACCAGUUCAAGGCUGGUAAAGGAUAAUGAAAUGCUUGUCAAUGACAUUGUCCAUGGGAUUGAUAGUGGUUUAGCAGAUGGCUUGAACGUCACUAAUGACAACUUAGGGAGUAUCAAGACAAAGGUGAGAGACACCAUGGAGAAGGCUUUCUGGGAUGGUGUCAUGGAAUCUUUGAAGCAGGACAACCCGGAUUAUAGUUGGGUUCUUAAGCUUGUACAAGAAGUCCGGGAUGAACUAAUUGAAAUUGCUCCUUCAAUUUGGAGACAAGAUAUAGAUCAAAGCAUUGACAUGGAUAUUCUCUCACAGGUGUUGAAAUCUAGAACAUUAGACACGGGAUAUCUGGGAAGGAUCUUGGAAUUUGCGUUGGUCACGUUGCAGAAACUUUCUACACCUGCUAAAGAGGAUGAAAUGAAAUCUACUCAUUACAAGCUACUGAAAGAACUUAAUGAAAUUUCUCAAGCUGGAGAUAUAUCUACUGCUUCAUUCGCUAAUUUGGUCAUUAGGGGCUUGCGUCAUGUUCUCCAGGAGAUUCAGGAACUCAAGCAUGACAUAAGUAAAGCACGCAUCAUGAUGUUGCAACCACUCAUCAAAGGGCCUGCUGGUUACGAAUACCUUAGAAAUGCUUUUGCCAAUCGUUAUGGAUCUCCUAUUGAUGGCCCUCGCUCUUUGCCCUUAGUAAAGCAAUGGCUUUCUGCUGUGAUGGCUGAUUCAGAGCAGAUCUGGGAUGAACUCUUGGAUUCUCUAUCAGCUCUAGGAUUAAGUAAUGUAAGAUAUAGUCAAGAACCUUCUCCUACAAUGCUCAGGACCGGAGGUAACAUUUUAAGGACAUCGACAUUGGAUGUUCAACCCAACACUGUUGCAGAGGCUGAACAACCAGAGUGCAGUGGAGAAAAGCUUGAUCUCUUGUUGAGGCUUGGUUUAUUAAAGCUUGUGAGUGAUGUUGAGGGGUUGACAGUGGAAAUGCUCCCUGAGCCGCUUAAACUAAAUCUCUUCAGAUUGAGGGCUAUUCAGUCUCAACUUCAAAAAAUAAUAGUCAUCUGUACUAGCAUAUUAGUUUUGCGUCAAACCCUUGUGAGCGAACACCUGGUAAUUAGCCUCAAGGACAUGGAGAAUGUGAUAUACAACUCUAGAAAGCGGCUGUCUGAACUCUUGGAUCACUCCGAGGAUGUCGGAUUAUCGAAAAUUGUUGAAACGAUUAGCUGGUCUCCAGAAUGUGAAGACCCAGAAAAGACCCAAGCAAGGAAGGAGGUUAUGGAGAAUACGUUGGGAAGGAGCUUAAGAGCUGGUGAUGACGUUUUCACACGAGUUUCUCGAAGUGUCCACUUGGCGGCAAGAGGAGUUGUGCUUGGUGGGACCGGAGCUAAGGGUCGGCAGCUAGCGGAGAUGGCACUUAAACGUGUUGGGGCUGCUCUUCUCGUAGAUAAGGUGGUGGAUGCUACGCGUGGACUGGUUGUGAUGGCAAAUGUCUCGGCCAGGGUUCAUGGAGAUUGGUAUGAACAAGUGCUCAUGAAUAUAUGAUUACUUUCUCCUUUUCCGUCGUUUCUUAUUAAUCGUAAAAUUGUCGGGAUUUAUAUAUCGUCGGAACUAGAUGCAUUAAGAGUUAUUGCUGUGUGUGAUUAAUUGUGAUUGUGCAAGGGGAACCACUUGGCCUCACUGAAGCUGUUGUACAAGUAAAAUUUGAGUGUGUGUCUCGUCUAACGUACUAAUGUCAGGAAGAAAUUUCAUGAUAAAGUUGUUCCUUGUUUUGAAACAC